AUGGCCUUCGUCGUUAACGAGACGGCCUUCGACAGUGUCGAACAUUGGGCCGUAUUCCACGCUCGCCAUUGCUGCCACAUCGAUUCCCGCUACGAAGACGUACUCUGGGAGCUCUGCCGUUCAGCCACUCUGCAGUUACGAGUUCGCGAUUUAUCCAAUGGAUUGGAAAAUCCAGAAUCUCCAACAUACCAUCCAAUGCAGGAAAAGUGGAAUUGGUUCUUCAACUACACCUGGACAUACAAACUGGACUCGGACAUUAUUCAUCCCUACUUUAUCGUAAGAAAUCAUCGAGGUGAAGCAGUCGGGCCAAAGAUUAAUGCACACUGGAGGAAUGUAACUAGAAUGAGACCUACAAAGGAAUCUAUAAUAAGAGAAUUAAAGAAUAAGACAAGUGCUGCAGCAUGGUUUGUGACAAAUUGCGAUGGGAAUACAAAGCGUUUAGCUUACGGACAUGGAUUAAAUCGGGCUUUAGGUAAAUAUAAUCUGAACGUUGAUAUUUACGGACGCUGUGGGGAUAAGAUCUGUUCAAAAGGCUUGUUUGAAGAUUGUCAAAAGACAGUGCAAUCGUUUUAUUACUUUUAUUUGGCAUUUGAAAACUCAUACCACGAGGACUAUGUUACUGAAAAGUUAUUGACAGCUUUAAAACACUAUGCAGUGCCGGUGGUUUUAGGAGGCGCAAACUAUUUAAGAUUCAUGCCUGAUGGAAUAUAUUUAAACGGCAAUAUUUUGUCAGAAGAUGCUGUAGCGGAGAAAAUAAAUGAAGCCAUACAAGACAAACAAAAGUACUAUGAUUAUUUUAAAUGGCAUCGAUAUUAUACGUACCAAUUUACCGAUGAGAGAAAUGACACUGACCCACUUUGUUCAUUCUGCACUUUACUUAACGACGAAUCAAAAAGAAAUCAAAGACGCGUGUACGCGCACUUUGACAAGUGGUGGAACGACUCAAAGAACAAGACGGAGGAUAUUGUGGUGAAAUACGAGGAUUCUGGGCCACACAUAAAAAGUGUCGUAACGUAUAGAGAACAAAAAGUUGAAGAUAUAACGGAUUAUGACGCUGUACUUUUCACUGUAAAGGGCCUUGGAGGAGGAGACGAUUUGCCUCUUGCACGAUCUGACAAUCAGUGGUAUGUAUUUGUUUCUCUGGAAUCUCCGACGUACUUCCCAUUUGAUAAAAGAUGGAACUGGUUUUUCAACUAUACCUGGACAUACAAACUGGACUCCGAUAUCAUUCACCCCUACUUUAUUGUGAGGAAUAAACGUGGUGAAGUUGUAGGACCAAAAAUCAAUGCACGCUGGAGGAACGUAAGCAUAAUGAGACCUACACAGAAAUCUGUAAUAGAAAAAUUAAAAACUAAAGACACGGCUGCAGCGUGGUUUGUGACAAAUUGUCAUGGAAAUAGCAAACGGUUAAUUUACGGCCACGGUUUAAAUCAGGCUUUAAGUAAAUUCAAUUUGACCGUUGAUAUUUUCGGGCUAUGUGGAGAUAAGUAUUGUUCGAGGGACAAAUGGGAAGAUUGUUUAAAUUUAGUGGAAUCACGUUACUACUUUUAUUUAUCGUUUGAAAACUCAUUCUGCGAAGACUACGUUACAGAAAAGUUGAUGACUGCAUUGGAACACUAUGCAGUACCGGUGGUUCUGGGAGGCGCGAACUAUUCAAGAUUUAUGCCCGAUGGAAUUUAUUUAAAUGGCAAUUUGUUAUCAGAAGAAACAUUAGCAGAGAAAAUGAACGAAGCCAUACAAGACAAGCAGAAGUACUAUGAUUAUUUUAGAUGGCAUCAAUAUUAUACUUACCAGUUUACAGCAGAGAGCGGUGACACCGAUCCACUCUGUUCGUUCUGUGCUUUACUGAAUGACGAAUCAAAAAGAAAUCAAAGACGCGUUUAUGCGCGCUUUGACAAGUGGUGGAACGAAUUUAGAACACAGAAUGAUACGGAAGAAAUUAUUGUGAAAUACGACGAUUCUGGGCCGCAUAUAAAAAGUAUAGUAACAUACAGAGAGCAAAAGGUUGAACCAAAAACGAUUGUUACUCCUUCAACGUGGCAAAAUGUUAAUAACGUUUUUGAUGAUUUCAUGAACUAUAUCUUUCCACCAUAA